AAAAAAACAAACAUCACUUAUGCAUAAAUAAGAGAAAUUCUUACGUCCAUCCUGCUGAAAAAACCAAGUGUUAAUUGAAUUUUUCGUUUUUAUUAUCAACAGCAACAAGUGGUACAUAGACUCUCUCUCUCGUCAACUUCGAACCUUGUUAUAUGAUUUAAAACAACCUUUGACCUGAUCGAAACUGACAUGUUGACCUGACUUGAUCGAAGAAUAUUUUUUUCCUGAAAAAACAAAAUUAUUAUGGCUAAAACUCAACAUCACCAUAACAAUAAUAAUGAUGAUAUGGCACGUAAAUCAUCAUCAACGUUGGAUUGUUGUUUACCUAUGCCAAAACCUCGUUCCGAUGUUGAUUAUGUACGUGAAAGUCAAUUUUUAUUAUGGUUAUGGAAAAUGAUUGAAGAAAUAUCAUUUAGUUAUGAAUAUGAACAAUAUUUACGUGAUGGUGUUAUAUUAUGUCGAUUAAUGGAAAAUGUUGCACCGAAUUUAUUCAACAACAACAAUGAUGGUAAACAUCAACGAUCAUCAUCAGAUGGAAAAGGUUCAUCUAAAAAGAAUUUUCAACCAUCCAACAUCAUCAUUGAAAAAGGUGAAAAUAAACAACAAAAAUCUGAAAAUAUUCAUCGAUUUUUAGAUGCAUGUCGUCAAUAUGGUUUAAACGAUACAGAAUUAUUUGAAGUUGAAGAUUUAUUAUCAAUGCUGGAUAUGCCUAAAGUUACUAAAUGUCUUUAUCGUUUAGGUCAAUUUAUAGCCGAAAAAAAUGAUAAUAAACCAUUAUUAGGUAAACCAUAUGAUGAAUGGCUUAAUGAACAAAUCGAAAUGAAUGAAAAAAAUAUUGAAUAUUUUGGUGGAUCAUCAAAUAUACGUCGUAGACAUGGUAUGCCAUUUGGUGAUGAUUUAUUAGUAUCACAUGUUAGCACUGAAUUUGUUAAACAACGUUUGAACCGGAAUGUUAAUAAAAAUCGUAUUCGACGAUUACCAAGAGAUCCAUUAGUACAAAGACAACCAUCAAUACCAUUGGCAAAUUUAAAAGCAAUUUUUACUGGUGAAUGUCAACCACUUCAAUAUAAUAAUAAUGAUCAAUCGAAUAUUUAAUUUCAAUCAAAUAUCAUGAUGAUAAAAUUCU